CUUUGUGGUACAGAGAAAGUUACAUAACCACAACUCUUAAGGACACAUAACAUAAACAUAAACAUAAACAUUUGUUUGUUAAUACUCUUGUUGGUUUUUCCUCACCAUAACAAUGUCCACGAGAUGGUUCAUUGUUUAUCUCGUAUCUGGUUUCUCUUUUGCUGUUCUGUCUGCGCUGUUUCUCACCAACCAUGUCCAUGAUGACAUCAAAGCCUCUCUUUCAACCUCUACACUUUAUGGUUCUGCAACUCUUAAAGUUUGGCCCGAAUUGAAGCCAAGUUGGAAUCUUGCGUUGGCUACAGUGAUUGGUUUUUUAGGAUCAGCUUGUGGAACUGUUGGUGGGGUUGGAGGGGGUGGCAUUUUCGUUCCCAUGCUUAAUCUGCUUGUUGGGUUUGAUACAAAAUCUGCUGCUGCUCUUUCUAAAUGUAUGAUAAUGGGGGCAUCAGCAUCAUCAGUUUGGUAUAAUCUAAGAGUGCCUCAUCCAACGAAAGAGGAUGUGCCUAUAUUAGACUAUGAUCUGGCGCUUCUGUUCCAGCCUAUGCUUAUGCUUGGAAUCACUGUUGGUGUCUCUCUCAGUGUUGUUUUCCCCUACUGGCUUAUCACCAUCCUCAUCAUCAUUCUCUUCAUAGGGACUUCCUCAAGGUCUUUCUUCAAGGGAAUUGAGAUGUGGAGGGUUGAGACUGAUAUCAAGAAAGAUAUGGCCAAGCAACGAGCGACUAUGGUUAAUUCCCGUGACCAACUUCUAAUCGACACAAAAUACGAGCCGUUGAUCCCUAAAGAAGAGAAGUCAACUUUUCAAAUUCUCUGUCUUAACCUUAGAUGGAAAAGGAUUCUGGUGCUGAUGGUUGUGUGGGUUUCUUUCCUACUACUUCAAAUCAUAAAGAAUUAUGUAGAGGCUUGUGGUGCAUGGUAUUGGGUGCUUUAUGGCUUGCAGUUUCCAAUUGCACUUUUGGUGUUUGGCUAUGAAGCAGUGAAGUUAUAUAAGGAGCACAGGAAGAGAAUGACCACGGGGAACCAUGCAUACAUCUGUGAGGCUUCAAUAGAAUGGAAUGCUAUGCACAUUGCAUUUUGUGCACUCUGUGGCCUAGUUGGGGGAAUUGUUGGAGGUCUACUUGGUUCUGGAGGAGGGUUUGUUUUAGGCCCUCUUCUCCUAGAGAUUGGUGUCAUCCCACAGGUUGCUAGUGCAACAGCAACAUUUGUGAUGAUGUUUUCAUCAUCUUUGUCUGUGGUUGAAUUCUACCUUCUCAAGAGGUUCCCCAUUCCUUAUGCUUUAUACCUCAUCAUUGUUUCUGUUUUGGCUGGCUUUUGGGGACAGUUCUUUGUAAGAAGAUUAAUUGCAUUUCUUGGGAGGGCAUCAAUCAUUGUGUUCAUCCUCUCAGGUGUCAUUUUUGCAAGUGCUCUCACUAUGGGAGUCAUUGGCAUUGAGAAGAGCAUUCAAAUGAUAAGCAACCAUGAGUUCAUGGGAUUCUUAGGCUUUUGUACCAGUCAAUGAUUUAGAAUGCCAUGGACAUAGAAAAUAAAGGGAAAAUCUAGAGUCAGUGUGAAAAAAAGUUGUAAAAUAAGGGUAGGACGACAACAUCCACAAAUGUUGGUCAAUGCCUAGUUGACCAACAUUAAGAUCUUGUUGAGGAUGAUUUGAGUUGCAUACUUUUGUUUAGAAAAAGAAAAAGAAAAAAGUUAAUGGAAAUAAUAUCACAUGACUUUAUAUAUA